AUGACUUCUCUACUCCGGCUUCAACCGCGACUGCGGACCUCGGCCUCCCUUACGUCCCUCAGUCGCUCUGCUUUCAUCUAUCAUCCUCGUACCUAUUCGCAGGGCUCUUCGGUGACGCGAGAAGGAGAUAAGAAUAAGGAGCAGAACUCUUCGAACACUCAGAGCGUUUACACUCCCAACCACCCGAUCCCGUCCAACAAAGCGGAACCGACUCUUCGGGAUGGCCUUCAAUCACCUAUUGCCGAUUAUGAAGGAAAUCUUCGCGAGGAUCUGCCAAAAGAUGUGAAGGAACACAAUGAAGAUAUGGAGCAUCGCUACGAUCGGCCCUAUAAUCGCGUCGAUGACGAGGGAAAUGUCAAAGAAUCUUGGAAGCGGGACUAA